UUAAAACCCCCGCCUUAAACAUGGCAGCGCCCUUGAUGAACGUGUAGUAGUUGUUGCAGAGUGUAGAAAAUGAACCACUUCACAAAGUCAUCUGCUAAAAACUGAGGUCCUCGCGUGCAGUAUGAACAGACAAGAGUUCGCAGCCUGCCUUGUGGCAGGCGGCUGUGCGGGAAUGUGUGUAGAUCUCACUCUCUUCCCUCUGGACACCAUAAAGACAAGGUUGCAGAGCCAGCAGGGCUUCUACAAGGCGGGAGGUUUUCGUGGGAUCUAUGCAGGGGUCCCGUCUGCUGCUAUAGGCUCCUUUCCCAAUGCUGCUGCGUUCUUUGUCACCUAUGAAAGCACCAAGUCGUUCUUCGCUGGCUACACUGCUACAAGCUUGACCCCCUUCACUCACAUGCUGGCUGCUUCACUAGGAGAAAUCGUCGCCUGUCUGUUUCGUGUGCCGACUGAAGUGGUGAAGCAGAGAACACAGGCCAAUCCCUCCCUCAAUACCUACCGGGUGCUGCUGAAUACACUACAAGAAGAGGGUUUCAGAGGGUUGUACAGAGGUUAUGGCAGCACAGUCCUUAGAGAGAUUCCAUUCUCGCUGGUGCAGUUUCCACUCUGGGAGUACCUAAAGGCCGUGUGGUGGAGGAGGCAGGGGGGACGACUGGACUCUUGGCAGGCAGCAGUGUGCGGAGCUCUCGCAGGUGGAGUAGCUGCGUUCGUCACGACUCCGCUAGAUGUGGCGAAGACUUGGAUAAUGUUGGCUAAGGCUGGGACGAGCACAGCCAAUGGAAAUACAGUGGUUUUGUAUGAGGUGUGGAGGAGCCGAGGAAUAGCUGGGCUGUUCGCCGGCAGCAUCCCGAGAGUGACGUUCAUCAGCAUGGGAGGCUUCAUUUUCCUCGGCGCAUAUGAGAAAGUGCGCCGUACGCUUUUAUAAACACCCUCUCCAUGGAACAGUGUGGGUCGGAUUCCUCAACCCAAACCCUGACC